AAAAUUUAAACUGACUUUUAGUUUCUUUUUAAAUUUACGUAAAAAUUAUGCUCCAAUGAUUUCUUUAUCGCAAUUGGUCAGGCAAUUUUGUUCGAAAGCAUCAAAAAAUGCAGAACAACAAAUUCGGUUGUUACUUAUGGCUCGCUUUCCACAGGCAAGCAUUAAAGUAAAUGAUGUCUCUGGAGGGUGCGGUGCCAUGUUUGAUGUAUUUGUUGAAGAUUUCGAAUUUAAAGGACUCACUACUCUAAGACAGCACAAACUAGUCACUAAUACGCUUAAAGACAAAAUCAAAGAAAUGCACGGUCUGCGGAUACAUACGACAAUACCUGAAGAUACACCAAUAUCUGAACCUGAAAGUUAAUGACAAUUGCUGGAAUUAAAAUGGCUGCUAAUAAGAAGUCUUCUUCUGGAUAUUUUUUUCAUUCAUUUCAAAUUGCAUGGUAUAUUUUUAUAUAAAAAAUUAAACGCACUGGUUC